AUGAACAAGAUAGUGUUCAGCUGGUGUCUGGUGUUGUUGAACGUCUGGUACUACCAAGUGUACGGGCAGAAUGUGACCGCAGUAGACGAUCCCGGGGGACUAGGCUCGGUUGGGCUGCCAUCAGCGCCGGUAGCCAAAGUCGUCGGGGGGCCCGGCCCGUUAUCGUUGUUCGGCGGUACGGACGUGACUGGCACUGGAGUCGACCAGGAAACGGCCGCGUCACACAAGAAGAAAAAGAAGAAGAAGAAGAAGAAAUCGAAAAAGUUCAAAAAAGGCGGCGGUGCCAGUCACAAGUCCAAACAUUUCAACAAGAAGGGCAAAAAGGCUGACAAGGGAUACCAUUCGCAUCACACCAAGAAGCACGGCAAGAAGGGUCAUCACAAGAAGGCGGACAAGAAGAAACACUAUUCCAAGAAAGGCGGCAAAAAGAAGAAAAAGCACGACUCUGGCGGAUACUACGCAGACCACCAUAAAGGCGAGAAGGGCGAAAAGGGCCACAAGUUCUCGGACAAGGGCGCCUACAAGAAGGGUCACAGCACCAAGGGCAAGCACGAAGUACACAAGCUAGAUGAGUACAAGAAAAAUAAGAAGUUCUAUGACGAGAAGCACGACUCAGCGCAUCACAAGAAGAAGGGUGGCCACAAUAAAAAGUGGUCCAAUAAGAAGGGCAAGAAGUACAAGAAGGGACACAAGCACUCCGGUCACAAGCACGCCCACAAGGGUAAGAAGGGUAAGCACAAGCAUGGCAAGCAUCACAAGUCGCACAAGGGUCACAAGAAAGCGGCUGGGCACGACGAGAAGUAUGGACACAAGAAGAAGUACGGCAAGAAAGGCAGCAAAAAGGCCAACAAGAAGUGGAAGUUCAGCAAAAAGAAGAAGUCCGGUUAAACGGCCCGAUCCGAAUAAUAUACUAUAAUAGCUAUUAUUAUAGGUACAUAUUAUUUUAUUAUUAUUGUUAUUAUUGUUAUUGUUUUUAUGAUAUUAUUCGACUGAAC